AUGGCAAAAGGUGGUAGCAGUGGUAGUCUCACAUCCACAAUGGAUAAAGACAUCUAUAAUCUAAUCUAUGAUCUCUUAGAUGAACGUACUGCCGAAAAUAAACGAAAAUUAUUACACCAGUCAGGUAUAGAUUCUAAUAAUGUUGAUAUCGAUAUGCCUGAUCCUUUGGAAUAUAUGGAAACUGCAAAUAAUAUAACCGUGCCACAAGUGUUCGCAUAUAUGAAACAGAAGAGACAUGCUUUGGCUAGAAAGAAGGAGAGUUUGAUUACCAAGAAUGUACGUAAUAUUCUUGAAACUAUUCGAAAAGAAGAAGAAAGUGAAUUAGGAAAAGUUGAUCCUAACGAUGAAGAUGAUGAAAUUGCGGGUGAAGUUGAAGUUAUUGAUGUGGAUGAAAUUGACGAAGAAGAUGGUGAUGAUGAUAAUUUAAUGGAAGUUAAAGAUUCAAACAUGUUAAAUAAAUCAGUGGUUUCACUCUGGAAUAACAACAACAUCAAUCCAUCCGAAACACCAGAACCAUCCACCGAAACAACAGCAACAUCCAAGAAACGUUCCUCCUCCAAAGAUUCCAAAUCCACUUCCAAACGUCAAAAGAAAAAACCCGACUAUUCCCCACCCACUUCCGAUUUCUCCUCCCUCGGUGGAUUAGAAAACAUAAUCACCCAACUCUACGAACUCAUCGGUCUCCCCAUCCUCCAUCCCGAACUCUACGAAGCCACGGGAGUCGAACCACCAAGAGGUGUCCUCCUUUAUGGCCCCCCAGGAUGUGGGAAAACUUCAAUAGCCCAUUCCCUUGCUGGUCAAUUACAAGUCCCAUUCAUCAACAUCUCAGCCCCGUCGAUUGUGUCAGGUAUGUCUGGAGAAUCAGAAAAGAAACUUCGUGAAUUAUUUGACGAAGCUAAAGCAUUAGCCCCGUGUUUGAUAUUCAUGGAUGAAAUUGAUUCAAUUACCCCGAAGAGAGAUGGAGGGGCUCAGAGGGAGAUGGAAAGAAGAAUUGUGGCGCAAUUGUUGACAUUAAUGGAUGAAUUAACAUUGGAUAAAACGGGUGGAAAACCAGUUAUUGUGAUUGGUGCCACGAAUCGUCCCGAUUCUUUGGAUUCGGCAUUAAGAAGAGCCGGAAGGUUUGAUAGGGAGAUUUGUUUAAAUGUUCCGAAUGAACAACAAAGAAUAUCGAUCUUGAAAACCAUGACGAAGAAUAUUAAAUUAGAUGAUCGUGAUGGGUUUAAUUAUCGAGAAUUGAGUAAAUUGACUCCAGGAUACGUUGGUGCUGAUCUUCAAAGUCUUGUCACUGCCGCCGGAAUCGCCGCCAUCAAAAGAAUAUUCGAAAGUCUUUCCGAACAACAAAUCGAACAACCUGAACAAGUUGUCCCCACGGCAGAUUCCAUGGAUAUAGAUUCCGAACUCAUCCACAAAUUCCAAACCAAAUCCGAUGAGGAAAAACUCUCAACCAUUAAGAGAUUCCUCACCCUCCAUCCCAACCCACUCACCCAAGCCCAACUCUCCCCCUUAUCAAUCACCUACGCCGACUUCCUCGUCGCCCUCCCCACCAUCCAACCCACGGCCAAACGAGAAGGAUUCGCCACCGUCCCCGACGUCACCUGGCAAAACGUAGGUGCAUUAUCCAAAAUCAGAAUGGAAUUACACAUGUGUAUAGUCCAACCCAUCAAAAAACCCGAACUCUACAAAAAAGUCGGUAUUUCCGCUCCCGCCGGUGUCCUCAUGUGGGGUCCACCGGGAUGUGGGAAAACCCUAUUAGCAAAAGCCGUGGCCAAUGAACUGCGAGCCAAUUUCAUCUCGAUCAAAGGACCAGAACUCUUGAACAAAUAUGUCGGGGAAUCGGAACGGGCGGUUCGACAAGUAUUCAGUCGGGCCCGGGCUUCGGUGCCAUGUAUUAUAUUCUUUGAUGAAUUGGACGCGUUGGUUCCCAAUCGUGAUGCGAAUAAUAGUGAGGCGAGUUCGAGGGUGGUGAAUACGUUAUUGACGGAAUUGGAUGGGUUGAAUGACAGAAAUGGGAUAUUUGUGAUUGGAGCCACCAAUAGGCCGGAUAUGAUAGAUAGAGCGAUGUUGAGACCCGGGAGGUUGGAUAAGACAUUAUAUAUUGAGUUACCGGAUGCUGGGGAGAGAGAAGAGAUUUUGAAGACGUUGAUUAAGGCGAAUAGGUCUCCAGUGGCCAGUGAUGUUGACUUGGAGAAGAUUGCCAAUGCUGAAAAGUGUAGGAAUUUCAGUGGGGCGGAUUUGAGUUCGUUGGUGAGGGAAGCGGGGGUGAGUGCGUUGAAGAAGAAGUUUUUUAAGGGGCAGGAGGUGAAGCAGUUGGAUGUGUCUGGGUUUUAUGAGAAGACGGAUGAUGGUGAGGAAGAGGGGGGUGACGAUGAUAAUGAUGUGGAGAUUACCAUGGAUGAUUUUGAAAUUGCAUUGAAGAAUAUUAAACCGAGUGUUACUGAUCGUGAUCGGUUGAAAUAUGAAGAGUUGAAUAGAGAUAUGGGUUGGAAAGAUCCAAAAGAGGAGGAAGAAGAUGAAGAAUAA